AUGCAAUCCCUCAACUUUCUCUCGUUUUUAAGCCUUCUCCUCUUGCUGGGAACAAUUUCCUCGGCUUGGCCAUGGCCCGAGAACGGGCUGACCCCGGCACAUGGAGAGAUUGCGGCCAGAGCUGAUCCAACUGCGUCCGACCAAACAACGGCUGAUUCUAAAGCGAGCAAGACCGACUCUGCCUCGGAAAGCAAGACCACAAAUGACUCGACUUCGACGGACUCUAGCAGUGGAACAGACACCGCUACUGGCACGGCCAAAGAGACCGGCACACAGACGAAGUCAGGAACAACCACUGAGACCGCCACCGACAAAUCCGGCAAGAACAGCAAGACCAAGACCUCUACCAAGUCGACCUCGAUCGAUCCACGUCUCCCUGCGGGCGGAACGUCGAUGAUGAUCCCCACCGCGGGUGCCUCAACUUACUACAAGAUCGGCGACUAUGUGACUUUUGCCUGGAACUAUACCUCUCUAUUGGUGACGCCGUCUGCGGUGAAUGUUCUUGCGACCUGCACCAUGAACAGCGCGACCUAUACCCUCACGAGCAACAUGAGCGUCGAGGCGACUGGAAAGGUGGUGUGGGAUACGGGCAAGUACCAGGCGAAUGCCACGACCCCACUGCUGACUGCAACGUACACGUUGUACGUGGUCGACGUGGACAAGGACAUUGGAGACACCGCAAGUCCCGGCCACCUUGGCUCGCAGAACGGUUACCUUUUUGGCAUGUACAGUCCGCAACCCUAUACUCCUCUCAACGAAUUCAACUGCGCCACGUGCAACAGCGCCCUUUCCGACAUCGAGCGGCAAGCCCUCAAGUUCGCCUUUGGCAUGGUCAUGAUCACCAUAGCCUCCUUCACCUGGUUCGCCGGUGACUUUGGUGUCUUUUCCACUUGA